CCACUCUAUGUUAGGUCGGUUUCGUUUCUUCGAUCGAGAGUCGUUCUGCAAUCUGCUGUAAAUAAAGCUUUUGAAGAUGGGCGCAUCUAAUGACAAACCUCUGAAAUGUCCUCUGUGUUAUGAGGAGUGUCGGGAGCAGGUGACGCUGGCAUGCGCCCACAGCUUCUGUCGCACUUGUAUCAGAGAGUUGUGGAGCGGAUCUCAGACCGGACCAUAUUACUGCCCCGAGUGUAGAUACGAGUGCCAGCAUCUGCCAGACAACACGGACGGAGCGUCAACAUCUACAGCCACAUCAAACACACAUUGGCCAUUCGGAAAGAAGCUGUACGACCGGCACUCAAGGAAAUGGCACGGGAAGAGGAAGUUCAGUUCAGCAUUCCACAGUGGUGGAUACAGACUGGGCUCAGCAGCAACAUCUCAUAACAACAUCAGUCACUAUGAUGUAAUCAGCAUCACUGACUCUGAUGAAGACACAUCAAUACCGCGGAAAAGAAAGGCCGCAGCAGACGAAUGCUCUUCUGAAAGCCAGUCUCCAUCAGUGGUUUGGGGGACCACCUCUACGAAUGACUCAUCCUCACAACGCACACCUCCAGAAACCGAUGAGAUCACACCUCCUCAACUAGAAUCACCUCCUGAGAGGAACACAAGUUCCCCUCAGCAAGACCAGCAUGUUGUGGCUUCCUGCAGUGACACAGGCUCACCCAGGACAAGCAACACACCUCAGGGAGAAGAAGAACCCUUACCAGCAGUCAAUGUCAGCUCUCAUACACCUGGAAGGCAGGAGGAGCCCCGCAGGAUCUCUGCAACAUCAUCAGACAGACUUUCCAGGAGCAGUUAUGUGCCUUGCCAUUACUGUUCAGAACAGAAGAUGGCGGUAAAGACCUGCCUUGUUUGUGGGGCCUCCAUGUGCUCCGAGCACCUGCGGGCACACCUGGAAAAGCCGGUGUUCCAGAACCACCCGCUGGUGAACGCUGUGGAAGAUGUGUCUCUCUGGAGAUGCCAAGAGCACCAGGAGAUGAACCGGAUCUACUGUCGAUCAUGUGCAGUGUGUGUUUGUACUGUGUGUUCCCUGGUCGGGUCGCACAAGGCGCACGAGUGCAUCAGCAUCCGCGAGGCAGAGCAGGAGCUCAGGGGCUCACUGAAGGAUGAGAUGCAAAAAAUACAAAAAACAGAGAAGUCCAUUCAGGAAAAACUCUCGGAGCUCAGUGAGAAAAAACGUGGUGUCCAGGCAGGGCUGGAGGACGUACGGGCGGCCGUAUUGCAGCAGUAUCAUGCCAUGCGGGAGGCUCUGGAGCAAGAGGAGGAGCAGGCAUUACUCUGUGUGACCCAGGAAGAGGACAGAGUGCUGGGAAGCAUUGAAAAGCAGCUGGACACAUUACAGGGUGCCUUGAUAUCUAGCCAGAGCAUAGUAAACACCCUGCAGGGAAUGACCAGUGCUGAAGGGGCAUCACAGUACCAGGACCAGGCCUUUAUCAUGGAAUACAGCAAGAUGGCAGGACACCUGACUGAAUUGUCUGACCCUGUGCAAAAUCUUGACUCUCCUGAAGAGAUAAACCAUAACCGAUUGGACUGUCUCAAUGGCUGGACUGAAAGGAGACUGGAGACUGUGCUCAUAUCACUGCCUCAUCGAGACCCUUUCAGACUGCUGUAUGGGAUAAGCCCAACUCUGGAUCCCGAUACUGUCCAUCCAAAGCUGCUGCUGUCGGAUGAGAACAGGACGGUGCAGUACAGCGAGACCCAGCAGGACUACCCCGAGCAGGAGUCACGCUUCAACAUUUUCCCUCAGGUGCUGGGCUCUCGUGCCAUAGAUGGAGGCCGCUGCUACUGGGAAGUGGAGGUCCCUCUGGAUGAGGGCCGCUGGAAGGUGGGGGUCUGUGAUGGACAGAUAGGCAGAAAGGGGCAAAAGGACAUCUGCCGUAUUGGCUUCUACCCCAAUUCUUGGUGUAUAAUUUAUGAGAAGGGAAAGGUGGAAGCCCUACACGAUAAGGUGGCAUCACCUGUGUGUUCCGCUGAGCUCUGGAAGAUUGGGGUGCUGCUGAAUUUUAGUGAGGGUCGCUUGUCUUUUUAUAGCGUGGCCAGGGAGGGAUCUCUUUCUUUGCUCUACAGUUUUGAGCAUACAUUCACUGAGCCACUGUAUCCGGCGCUGACGGUUUCUAAAACUCAGCUCAGCAUCUGUGAUAUAUUUAGCAAGACCACAACAGACUAGACUAUGUUUGUGCAUUUAUGAAAGGUUUUUAUUGUAAUGUUAACGGAAUAGUUCACCCAAAAAUGGAAUUUUGCUGUUGAUUUACCUAGGCUAUCCAAGAUCUAGGUGACUUUCUUUCUUAGGUAGAACAGUAGCAGAUUUUGAGUUGAACCCAUCGUAAUUGGUGAUUCAUAAAAUCCAAGUCAAUGGUGUACUGUCACUUUAAAAGUGAAAAUAAAUAUUGAAGUCUUAUGAAGCUAAACAAUCAGUCUGUGUAAGAAACUGAACAUUAUUUACAACAUUAUUACCUGUAAUCCAUAGCCUCAGACAAAUGCGCGAAUGUGAGCUUACACAACAGGAUCGAAAGAAAAUACCAUUUCGAACAAUACAAGUAUAAAUUUAUUGCUAAAACCAAGCCACCUUCUGCAUAUGCUUCCUCCCUCUCUGUUGUAAACAACAACGCUGUCUGUUCACAUCCACACAUACAUCAUAUGAGAGAAAAGGUAAGAAUACAGGACCCUAUAUCUGAGGCUAUGAAUUAUUAGAGGGAAUAAUGUUCGAAAUAAUGUUUAGUUUCUUACACAGACCAAUUAUCAUUAUAAGAUCUCAAUAUAUCAUCAGGAGCCGUGGGGAUGUCAUUUUGUGUUUUAUUAUCCGAUAUUUUCCUCUCAAAGUGACUUGCAUUGUAUGAAUCACCAUGGGUUUACCUAAAAAUCAUCUUUAAUGCUCUGCUGAAGAAAAAAGUCACCUACAUCUUGUAUGGCCUGAGAGUGAGUAAAUAAACAGCAUUUUUUUAUAAACUAUUCCAUUUAUAUAUCACUUGGGAAUGGUGUUUUUUAAAACAAUUUUGCACAGCCUUUUUACUUUUUUCAACCAUUUCUUGAG